AGAGUGAAAGCGGGGUGUCGUCUUGCCGUGUCCCCCGCACGCGCUCCCCCAUAAGGACUCGCGGUGGGACCGUCCGUGGACCAUCGGCGCAAACAUGGCGGCUCCGAAAUGGAUGGAAGGCAUUUCAAAAAAAUGAAAUGAUCUCACUUCGGUGUUAUUGUUCUCGGUUUCAGCGACACAAAGACAUAGUCCUGAGGCAUGUCUGCUUUGAAGGAGAAUACCAAGAAAGAGGAAAAUGACAAGCCCAUAUCAGAAACCUCUGGGCCCCUAACAAGCAAUCCAGCAUUCUUGAAUGAAGGAAGUGCAUUAGAAGAAUCAAUGCAGCGUCCACAUGAGAACAUGACACCAAACAGCGACCAAGCAGAUCUUCUAAAGCAUGUGAGUUAUAUUGACUCCAUCAGCGCUGAUGAACCUGCCAAAGCUGCCUAUGUCAAUGGAUCAGCUUCACCCAGCAUUUCACAAGAAAUUUUAUUGGACAUCUCCAAGUCAACGCACACACAGAAUUCCACCGACACAACCGCCAUUCAGUUAGAAGACUGCGAUCCGCUGAGAAAAGAUGGUGAAAUAGCCGUAAGGCAAAUGGUAACCGCUGAAGAUGUGGAAAACCGGGGCAUAUGGGGCUUUGAUGCGGAUUCGCCGGAGAAUUCAUUGGACAAUUUUGAUGAUGGAGAAAAGCUUGAGUGGAAUCCACAGAAAGAGUUUAUGAAUUUUCUGCUCGAGAAUCAGGACUGUUCUAAAACAGAGGCUCAGCCUGCUUCGUCUAGAAGGAAGUGUACAAGGUCGGACAAGGUGGCCUCAACAGAAAACUCAAAAAAUGAUCACACCAUGGAGGGCAGUCCAAAAGCAGUAGAGCAUGAAUCGAAACAAUCCAAAACGCGUUCCCCAACAUCAAACAAGUCCCAGUACUCAAACGGAACAUUAGUGGCCUUCAAAAAUUUUUUACAGAAACCAGCAAAAAUCAGGAAGACUAGUCAGAAGCUUGAAUACGUUCGAGAAAAUCUGUCCAGAGACUCUGGCUUGGAGGAAGAGCCUGCGUUAUUUUCCAGCAAUAGCAGUUUUAAGGACAACUCUCCUUCACAAACACACACACCAAACUGGUUAGAUCAAAAGCCGUUCAUGUGCAAAGAAUGUGGAAGGGACUUUUAUAGUCACACCUCACUUUUAAAACACAUAAAUGUUCACCGGACAAAACGACAACAGUUCCUCAAGUGUCCACAGUGCAGUUUUGGAACCAACUGCCCCAAUACCUUUGUCCAACAUGCAAAAACGCAUGAGAAGGACAAGCGUUAUUACCCCUGCCACAAGUGUAACUUCUUGGCUGCGAGUAAACCUGAUCUAGUUUCUCACAUGCUUAACAAGCACCCUGUUUCCGAUGCUCAGUGUGCGAUAAUCGGAAGGCAAGACGUCCAAAAAGUUGGUAAGUCUGAUAGAAAGCCAAAUUCUGUAAGGAAUUACAAAUCGGCAGACAAAAAUUUACAGUUCAUACCCGACUCAGAAAAUAGCUGUUCGUUUUCACUUGAGUGCAAGUCCCUCGAAGUCGAAGACUCAAAUGGGCUUUUACCAACAGAUCAACCAAAAUCAAAACAUUCUGCUGAUGAAAAAUCAGACAAAAGUGAAUCGAAACUUGACAAAUCGAUUCACUCACUGCUAUCCCGGAAGAGGACUCGUGACUCGGAAAGCAAGUCUACUCCAACCUUUGACGAAAUUGGUGUAGGAGGUGGGAGUCCAGAUGCUGGUAAAUACUGCAGUGAUGAGUUCCUCAAUGCAGAAGAGGGACCACCAUCCCCUGCCAAGGGCAAGGGGAAACAAUUUGCACUAUACAAUGACGACUCGGUUUGCACUCAAAUAUCCGAUGGUAGCAGCCACGGAUUUGGCCAUAAAAGCAACUGUUCUAAAGGACACAACUCAAGCACUAACCACAAACACUUACCUUCAGAGAAACUGACUUUAAAGAAAUCGCCUUCCAAAAGAAAAAUGUCCACUCCGUUCCACAACAUACAAGGCCAAGAUAUACUGAUUGAUUUUCCCAAAUGCAGGCAGAUUUUCCAGAAAAACUCCAAUCUCUACCUUAUUAAAAAAUGUGAUAGUAAAGAUGGUCUACGUAUUAGCAACACAACGUUUAGGAGCCCGUCUGCCUCAAGCGACCUCUCCGAGCAAGAAUCGGGUUUGCUGCAGACAGUUUCUAUCAAAGAAGAAUGCAUGGAAAUGGAAGUGUGUGGCGAUACCAAUGAGUCGGAUAAUGUUGCAAAAAUCAGGGACUACAAGGUCGAGCUAAAGUCUUGCCCCUACUGCCCGGCUGUGUUUCAGUCCGGAAUCGGUCUUUCCAACCAUAUACGAGGGCAUCUGCACAGGGUGGGUGUAAGCUAUAAAGCACGUCACGUUGUGUCUGCAGCCCAAGUGGCUUCACAAGAUAAAGUGCCUCCUGUUCGGCGAAGGAUGUCAGCGAUACCUCAGAUUAAAACAGAGGUGGACUUGGUGUCGAUUGAGCAGCCUUCAGGGGCAAAAUCAGAGCUGACGUGCCCGCUAUGUCGGGAGUGGUUCGACACCAAGACCGGCUUAUCGAAUCAUGUCCGGGGCCAUCUGAAGAGACUGGGGAAGCCGUGCUCUACGUCCACAUCCAAGUCACCCGUGAUCAUCCUGAAGGAACUGAUGCGUGACAAGAAGCAGUUCCAGGUUAAAUUACAGGCCCUUGAAAAAAAGUGUCGCUCAAGGAACUCCUUAUAUCCCUUCAAAUUAAGUAACGGUCUCAUCAUUUCUACGGCGAAAGUGCAGCGUUUUGCACAAGGCGGCAAGCGACACGGACACGUUUCCUCUCGCUUGGCGGAGGAAAAGAAAAGGACAGAGAGAGAGAAGGACGCGAUGAAGGGAUCGCCGUCGAGUGAUCUGAUUGGGAUUCUCAAGAAGAGGAAAGCGCACGAGGAGGCCAAGAUGAAAACCUUACCUCAAACUGCCAGGAAAGCUCUCCUUGUUAACGCGGUUAAAGAACGCGAUCCAUCAGCACAAAUACCAAACGCAGUAUCAGUUUCAGAGAAAAGUGAUCUAAACAGAAAGGUGUGCGUUCACUGUAACGCGACUUUCCACAGCGGAGUGAGCCUCUCCAAUCACCUGCGGGCUUACGCUCGACGAAAACGUAAUGCACUUUUGGAAGGAACAACUUAUGACUGUAAAAGGAAGCAGAGGUCCCGGUCUGGGUCUAAGAAGAAAACUCACCCGUUGCUACACACACCGGAGGAAAUUUACAGACUCACCUGCAGGUUUUGUGAUCUGGUCUUCCAGGGGCCGCUCUCGGUGCAGGAGGACUGGGUGAAGCAUCUACAGAGACACAUCAUGAACACGGCGGUGCCGCAUACGGGCGCGGCCAUGGUGGAGGUCACCUGCGUCCCGAGCGACGCGAGCACGCACACGCCCCCUCAGACGCCCCCGUAAGGCCGGCCGGCCGCCCAGCCGACCCCGGUGUCAUCCGUCUAAAUGACUUUUUCGUUUUUACCUCGGCAGGAGUGUCUACGCGUCGAGUCGAUGAACUUUUCCUCUCAUCGGCUCGCCGCAACGUUCAGCUCUUUCACACGGCCGUUCUUUUUAUACGACGUUACAUCGUCCUGGUAUUUUAUAGGGACGCGUUUAUUGAUGAUAAUCUUCAGAUUUCAGUGGCGACCAAGACACCAAAACACAACUGUUACCUCAGACGCUUGACAUACGGUGGGUUUUAUUUAAGGAUUUAAAAAACAAAAAAGCGCUACAGAAACCUGUAUACAUUUUUAUUGCGGUUAAAUUUUUUUAAAGGACAAAUUCUGACCUGGUUUAAACUUUUAGCCCUCAAUCUUGUUAAACUUGUAUGGUGCAAAUGUAUAAGAAUAAAUAGUAGAUAUAUUUCCAUAUGAUGUUUUUUUUUUUUAAUAAUGAUUUAUGAUUAAUGUGAAAUAAAAAUCUAGUCACUAUUUUAGUGUGUUAUAACUAGACAUGUGCUGAUGAUGAUGAUGAUCAUAAACACACAAACUGCCGGAUAUUUUAUCACAAUUUACGAUAUUACAGUUAAAUUUUUUUGUUUCCCCUCAAAAAUAAUACUGAUAAGAUGUUAAAUAUUGUGAUUUAUCGUAGAGACGAUUAUCGGCACAUCCCUAGUUAUGACUUGACUCGCGCUCGUCUCAUCACUUCGUUUGGAACGUCGUCCAUGGAUCUGUAACGUAACGUUCCGCCAUUAGUGCUGGAACAAAAAAAGAGCCGUCAACUGUUACUCAUGUCCCGUUAUUUUUUACUGUUAUUUUUUAUUAUGAACAAUUUUAAAUAAUUUAUGUCGAAAUGUAAAUGUUGAAAGAUUUUCUCUUUUUUUUUUCCCCUUUUUUUUGUCGUGAGAAAUAAACAGAGAUUUUCGAUGUC